GAAAUAGGAACAGAGAAUAGGCGAUGCUGGCUGGCUGGGUUUCAAGUUUUAAUAUUAGUCAAUAUAAAAUUCAACAACCAUAUACAUCAAUCAGUUUUGUCGUGAUCAAUUAGUAAAUAUUAUUUUAAAGAAAGAAGAAACAUGGUAUUUAAAAGGAGGGCGAAGGUGUUGGAAACCUAAUUAAUUAAGGUGCUCGAUCUGCUUCCUUCUGAGGUAGCUAGAGAACCUUCGAUCUGAAGAUGGGAAGAGCUCCUUGUUGCUCUAAAGUAGGGUUGCACAGAGGUCCAUGGACUCCUCGAGAAGAUGCAUUGCUCACCAAGUAUAUUCAAGCUCAUGGAAAAGGCCAGUGGAGAUCACUACCAAAAACAGCUGGUCUUCUUAGAUGCGGAAAAAGUUGCCGACUGAGAUGGAUGAACUAUCUGAGACCUGAUAUAAAGAGAGGAAACAUAACCCCAGAAGAAGAUGAUCUUAUAAUUAGAAUGCAUUCACUUUUAGGAAAUAGAUGGUCCCUCAUCGCGGGAAGAUUACCAGGACGAACAGAUAAUGAGAUUAAGAACUACUGGAAUACCCAUCUCAGUAAGAAGCUGAGAAAUCAAGGAACGGAUCCAAAUACACACGACAAGUUAACUGAGGCACCAGAGAAGAAGAAGGGCAGAAAGAAGAAUAAGCAAAAGAGUACUGAGAAUAACAAAGGGUCAGAGAAGACCUUAGUUUAUCUACCAAAACCAAUCAGGGUUAAGGCUUUAUCGUCAUGUAUACCCAGAACGGAUAGCACCUUAACCCUUGAUUCGAAUUCAGCUACUACUGCAUCAACAAGCCAAGAGAAAGUUCAAAGCCCAGAAGCAGAAACAAAAGAGGUGAACAUGGUUUGGGGGGUAAGUGACAAUAUUGGAGACAAUGGUGGGAUUGGAAUAUUCUUUGGUGAAGACCAUGACCUAGUCAACAGUGCCUCUUACAUGGAAUGCUAUUCUGAUGAUCAUGAUACGCUAGAAAAGCUCUAUGAAGAGUACUUGCAGCUCUUGAAUGUUGAGGAGAAACCAGAUGAAUUAGAUUCUUUUGCUCAAUCUUUAUUGGUGUAAACGUACAAAUAAUGGUGAAAAUAUAUGGUUGGAACAAAUAAAACAAAUUAAGUUUGCUCCUGCUAGCACGUGAACAUAUUGUAUUAUUUAUUCCUCAGAUUAGUAUCAUUUAUUUAGAAUAUUUUUUAAAUUUUAAAUAUUAUUAAUUUAACUA